UGAAAGUUAAAUCCUGAACUAUAAAAUCGGGGCAGUUUACUUCAGAGAAAGAAGAAGUUUAUAUCCCACAAGUGAAAAUCACUUAAAAUUACUCUUAAACAUGUUUGUCUUGAUUACUUUAUCACUACUUUUUCUUAGAAUUGUUAGUACUACCGAGACUGAUCACACAGUAACUAUUGAUUUCUUGAGAAACACCAUCGAUGACCCGGUGACAUACCCGUACUAUAUGACCAAUACACGCGCCAACACUACUACGAAGAAAUAUGAAAGUGGCCUACCUAUUCGUAAUUAUGAAAUUGUCAUGCAUGAAGAGACUGGGCUGUACCAAAUAUCAAGAGACGGCACCUGGGGUCUUUACGACAUACACCUAAAUCGUAUUGCUAUUGUCUCUGAAGAAUUUGCUUCAAUCCUCGACACAUCACUUGCAGAUCAAGGUAUCAUAAUUGAUCAAGAAAGGCUGAUUGAGAAUCUUAAGAUUCAGGCACCGCAAGAACUAUUUUCGCUUGAGAAACCGUCAGCUGAAGAAUACAGAUCUAUCUUUUUACAGUAUUUAGAUGACCUUGAAACUUCUCUACAAGAGGAUGGGUUCUAAUUGGUCCUGCUAGUGUAAAGGAAUGGUACAAUGGUUUUUCAUUGUAUGGCACAUACUCGGAAUCGAGUCAUCUUUCCACGAGUUCUAAAGGUGUCGCUUCUUCACCUCUACGAUAGUGAAUUAACAAAAUUAGACAUGUAAAACGGACAACUCGGCCUGGGAAAGAUAAAACCUCACGUACAAGAAGAAAUAAAAUUACCCCAGAG